CUCCUCCCCUCAGCAGCGUCCGGUCCGGCCCGGCCCAGACAGCCGAGCUAGUGGAGUAGACGCCGCGGCGUAGCCGGGAUCCUCCCGGAGGCGCGCGGCGCGAGCCCCUGACAGAACCAUGGCGGGCGAGGAAGACCGCGGAGAUGGGGACCCGGUAUCAGCGGUGACCGUGCGGGUGCAGUACUUGGAGGACACCGACCCCUUCGCAUGUGCCAACUUCCCGGAGCCGCGCCGAGCCCCCACCUGUAGCCUGGACGGGGCGCUGCCCCUGAGUGCGCAGAUACCCGCGCUGCAUCGCCUGUUGGCGGCGCCGCUGAAGCUGGAGGACUGCGCUCUACAAGUGUCUCCCUCUGGAUACUACCUGGACCCUGAGCUUUCUCUGGAAGAGCAGCGGGAGAUGCUGGAGGGCUUCUAUGAAGAGAUCAGCAAAGGGCGAAAGCCUACACUUAUCCUGCGUACUCAACUCUCCGUGAGGGUCAAUGCCAUCUUGGAAAAGUUGUAUGGCUCCAGUGGCCCUGAGCUCCGCCGUUCCCUCUUCUCACUAAAGCAGAUCUUCCAGGAGGACAAGGACCUGGUGCCUGAAUUUGUACACUCAGAGGGGCUCAGUUGCCUGAUCCGUGUGGGUGCUGCUGCCGACCACAACUACCAGACCUACAUCCUCCGAGCACUAGGCCAGCUGAUGCUUUUUGUGGAUGGGAUGCUAGGGGUGGUGGCCCACAGUGAGACUGUACAGUGGCUGUACACACUGUGUGCCAGCAUGUCCCGCUUGGUGGUGAAGACAGCCCUGAAGCUGCUGCUGGUGUUUGUGGAAUACUCUGAGAACAAUGCACCGCUGCUUAUCCAUGCUGUCAGUUCUGUGGCCAGCUCUACAGGCUGUCUUCCUUGGGCCAAUCUGGUGUCCAUCCUGGAGGAGAAGAAUGGCGCUGACCCUGAGUUGUUGGUGUACACAGUCACCCUCAUCAACAAGACACUGGCAGCACUCCCGGACCAGGACACCUUCUAUGAUGUGACAGAUGCACUGGAGCAGCAAGGCAUGGAGGCCCUGGUCCAGCGCCAUUUGGGCACCUCGGGUACUGAUGUGGACCUGCGCACACAGCUUGUGCUCUAUGAGAAUGCCCUGCGGUUGGAGGAUGGAGACAUCGAUGAAGCCGCUGCAGGUGGAAGGCGGGAACGCAGAAAGCCCUCUUCAGAGGAGGGCAAGAGGAGCCGCCGAUCUCUAGAAGGCGGGAACUGCCCUUUGCGCUCCACGGAGCCUGGCCCCACAGGCCCUGUCUCUAGCCGCGCAGGCCCCGCCUCACAGACAGGCCCCACCUCCAGCCCCUCAGACCUGGCCUCAACGGUAACCUCCACCUACUCCACUGGCCCUGCCCUGUCGACAAGCUUGAACUCCAGCCUCAUGGGCCCUGCUUCUGGCCUCCUUACCUCGGUGAACCUCUUUCCUGCCAUCUCUGUGGGGCCAUCAGCCGACAGCUCCAGCGAGAGGAGCAUCUAUAAACUUCACCAAACUGCUCCUGUUUGGGCCCCUGAGAGCCCACCUGUCUCUCAGUCCCCUACUGAGCAGGCAGUGCUGGAAGCCCGGUUCCUGGAGAAUGUGGCAGCAGCAGAAACAGAGAAGCAGGCUGCACUGGCCCAGGGCCGAGCAGAGACACUGGCUGAGGCCAUGCCUGAUGAGGCUGAUGGACACCCAGAUACCCGGGAACUUUGGGGCUCCCCAGAACCAGGCCCUGCACCCAGAACACCCCAGAGCCCUGCCCCCCGAAGUCUGCUCCGGGCCCAGCGGAGCCUUGAGCCAGAGCCCAAGGAGCCACUGGCCCCACCAAGCCCCAAGGCUGAGCCCAUGCAGGAAUUCCCUAUCCGUGUACCUAAGCUCUGCAUUGGAGACCUGGACUUCUCAGAUUUGGGGGAGGAUGAAGACGAGGACAUGCUGAACAUGGAGGCUGUGGAGGCUGGGAAAGGGGUCCCACCCCCACCGCCCCCACUGCCUGUGCUCUCUGGAGGUGGCCUACCUCCUCCACCCCCACCUCCCCCACCCAUCAAAGGCUCACUCCCACCACCUCCACCUCCCACCACUCCCCUUCCUCCCUCAGCACCCGAUGGUUUAGCCCUCCCCACCAAGAGGAAGACAGUAAAACUCUUCUGGCGGGAGCUAAAGCUGGCUGGGGGUCAUGAAGGCUCUGGGAGCCGCUUUGGGCCCUGCCCCACACUGUGGGCCUCACUGGAACCUGUCUCGGUGGACACAGCCCGGCUGGAACACUUGUUUGAGUCCCGUGCCAAAGAUGUGCUGCCUUCCAAGAAAGCUGGUGAGGGCCGCCGGACAAUGACCACAGUGCUGGACCCCAAGCGCAGCAACGCUAUCAACAUUGGCCUAACCACCCUGCCACCUGUGCAUGUCAUUAAGGCUGCCCUGCUCAACUUUGAUGAGUUUGCUGUCAGCAAGGAUGGCAUUGAGAAACUGCUGACUAUGAUGCCCACGGAAGAGGAGCGGCAGAAGAUUGAGGAGGCCCAGCUGGCCAAUCCUGACAUACCCCUGGGCCCAGCUGAGAAUUUCCUGAUGACCCUUGCCUCCAUUGGGGGCCUGGCCGCACGCCUACAACUCUGGGCCUUCAAGCUGGACUAUGACAGCAUGGAACGGGAAAUCGCAGAGCCGCUAUUUGACCUGAAAGUGGGCAUGGAACAGCUGGUGCAAAAUGCCACCUUCCGCUGUAUCCUGGCCACCCUGUUGGCUGUGGGCAACUUCCUCAACGGUUCCCAGAGCAGCGGCUUUGAGCUGAGCUACCUGGAGAAGGUGUCCGAGGUGAAGGAUACAGUGCGCCGACAGUCACUGCUGCACCAUCUCUGUUCCUUGGUUCUCCAGACCCGGCCUGAUUCCUCUGACCUCUACUCAGAAAUACCUGCCCUGACUCGCUGUGCCAAGGUGGACUUUGAGCAGCUGACUGAGAACCUGGGGCAGCUGGAGCGUCGGAGCCGGGCAGCUGAGGAGAGUCUACGGAACUUGGCCAAACACGAGCUGGCCCCAGCCCUACGUGCCCGCCUCACCCACUUCCUGGCCCAGUGUGGCCGCCGUGUUGCCAUGCUGCGGGUAGUACACCGCCGUGUCUGCAACAGGUUCCAUGCCUUCCUGUUGUACCUGGGGUACACGGCCCAGGCAGCCCGGGAAGUGCGCAUCAUGCAGUUCUGCCACACGCUGCGUGAGUUUGCACUGGAGUAUCGGACUUGCCGGGAACGGGUGCUACAGCAGCAGCAAAAGCGGGCCACGUACCGUGAGCGCAACAAGACACGGGGCCGCAUGAUCACUGAGACAGAAAAGUUCUCAGGUGUGGCUGGGGAAGUCCCCAGCAACCCAUCUGUCCCAGUGGCUGUGGGCAGUGGGCCAGGGCGGGGUGAUGCUGACAGUCAUGCCAGCAUGAAGAGUCUGCUGACCAGCAAGCCGGAGGACACCACACAUGGCCGCCGCAGCAGAGGAAUGGUCCAGAGCACCUCCCCAGUCAUGCCUACAGCAAUGGGGCCCUCCACUGCACCCCCAGAAGAACCCCCAGUCUCCAAUUUACCCAGUGACACUUCAGAUGAGAUCAUGGACCUGCUGGUACAGUCAGUGACCAAGAGCAGUCCUCGUGCCUUAGCUGCUCGGGAGCGCAAGCGGUCCCGUGGCAACCGCAAGUCUUUGAGACGGACAUUGAAGAGCGGGCUCGGAGAGGACCUGGUGCAGGCACUGGGACUGAGCAAGGGUCCUGGCCUGGAGGUGUGAAGGUUCUGCCUCUAGGACAUGGACGGGCCUCAGCCUGCAAUGUAAGAGACUAGAGAAUGAGGAGGAAUCAAAGCAGAAUUCUGGGCCUUUUCUCAACCCUAAGGCCACUGUGUGCCCAGGGGACAGUGCCUUGAGCAGUAUUAGCUGUGUGUGCCUGUAUGCAAUUGUGUGUUUGUGUGUGUAUAUGUACUUGUAUGAGCUCCCUGAAUGCAUGGAGUAUAAUAAAGUUUUCCUAGCCAA